AUGGCUGAAUUUCGGCAGGAUGGCCUGGCCCAGCAGACACCAUACAUACAGGGAUCCUGUCCCCAGCUGAAAAGGGCAGGCCCACAGCCCAGGAUCUGCACCCCAGUGCCCAGCUCCCCAGAUCCCCUGACUGUGCUGCUCACCCUUCUGCUCACAGCCCCGUCUUCUGUUCCCUCUCUGCCCUCAGCAGCCCAGCUUCUCCCAGCCCGCAGUUGCCAGGUUGCCAAGGAGUGGGUGCCUCACAAUCAGGCUGAGGUGGGCAUUGUCUCUGCACAAUGUUCCUUUAUUCUGCUGCUGUCCCUGGGGCCGGGGCCCUGCCCUCCUCACUUCCUCUUCUGCCCAUUGAGCAGUCGAAGAGCCGAAAGUCCUCAUAAGCCUGUGAACCUGGGCCUUUGCCCUGCAAAUGAGGUAGCUGCGGUCGCUAUGGCCCGUAUCAUUGACCUGGUGCCUUGGGACGAUGGUUCCGCUCAUGUGUACGCGUCCCCGGCCAUCCUGCUUCCUAUGGAGCGGCAGCGCAACCAGCUGGCUGCUGUGAAGCAGCAGCUCUAUCACCCGGCCCUGCCCACCCUGCGCCGCAUGGACAUGGACUCCGUCAAGGCCUGCCUUUCCGACGAGCACUGCCAGUCCACCACCUACUGCCACAAAGAUGAGUUUGACAACGCCCACUAUACACUCCUCGGUGUCCCCAACAAACCCCUUCAGUGCUUGGACAUCACCGCGACGGGUCAGAAGCUCCGCAAUAGGUACCGUGAAGGAAAGCUGGCGCCGGUGGCGCCGGGCAUCAACCGAGUGGACUGGCCCUGCUUCACGCGCGCCAUCGAGGACUGGUCCCGCUUCGUGUCCUCGGCCGGGGAGUUCAAACUGCCCUGCCCGAGCAAAAGGGGGGAGAGUUUCAGCGGCUACGCCGUGCGGUACUUGAAACCGGAUGUGACCCAGAGCUGGCGGUACUGCCUCAACCAGAACCCCAGCCUGGACCGCUACGGACAGAAGCCCCUGCCUUUCGACUCCGUGAACGCUUUCCGAAGCUUCGGUUCGCACUUCAGUCGUGUCAACUACCUGACCCCCUGGCAUUAAUCUGUGGAAAGGCGGAUGACCCCCCAGGCUGCUGGACCAUGCCACCUCAGGACCCUCAACUGGACAGAGGGCACAGGGUGGCACCACCUGUCUCCCCAGGAAUUCAACCUGAUUGCAAAUAAACCUGAUGCUUCCUCAGGGAGGCACGAGACAUGUGUGUGGGUGGGGGAGAAUUGGGAAGCUGGGGAAGCAAGAUUGCUUGAGCCCAGGAGUUUGAGCCUUCAGUGAGCUGUGAUCAUGCCACCAUACUCAUGCCUGGGCAACGGAGUCA